AUCUCUCCCUCUCUCUCCCUCCCUCCCUCCCUCCUUCCCUCCCUCUCUCUCCCCUGGAAAAAUACUCACCUCCGAUCGACCAUCGCAUUACAUACCUCACCAACUGAAAGAAUUGUAUUGUUUAGAUUAUUAUUAUUAGGAUUACAUAAACAGCUUCCGGUUUUUGUUGUUGCCUUUUUGCCGAUGGAGAGCCCUACCCCUGGAAUCAAACUGUUUGGCACAACGAUUACUCUACAGGAUAAGAAAACAAACAAUGGUUCGCCUGAAAAGUCUGACCAGGAGAUUGCUGCUGAGUUGAAGAGACCCGAUAAGAUAAUCCCUUGCCCUAGGUGCAAGAGCAUGGAGACCAAGUUCUGCUACUUCAACAACUACAACGUUAAUCAGCCCCGGCACUUCUGCAGGGGAUGCCAAAGGUACUGGACAGCUGGUGGGGCCCUUAGGAACGUGCCCGUGGGAGCUGGUCGUCGGAAAAAUAAGCCACCUUGUCGGCCGGGGCUACCUGGGUUUGCGGAGAACAUAAGUGCCCGCCUUUAUGAAGCUUCAGAGGUCCAGCAAUACUUUGACUUGGAAGGGGUUGUGGCGGCAGCAGCAGCAGCUGAGACCUGGCAUCUGAUGUCGGCACAGGGCAGUUUCCAGCAAGUUUUGCCGGCUGUGAAGAGGCAACGGAGCGCGAUGAUCGGUGAUCACCAAAGCUGCUAAAUUUGAUCUACCCAAUCAAUUGUGGUUUUAUUAUUUCCAUGAUCAUCGAGAUUUUGAAAGAUGUGUAUGAAAUAUAAAAGAUGGAUAAUUGCACUGUGUAAAUCGAAUUUCAUCAGUGUAAUGUACAGGUUGGCAUUAGUUUACUAAUUCUCUGGGAAAGCAUUUAACAGAUGCUCUUUAAUUAGAUGAAGUAUCAGAUUCUUUGCUUUUA